AUUGCACCCACCACCAUUUUCGCAACUUGAAGCUCCCAUUCCUCUCUCGACCUUCCCGACGGACGACGACCAGACUAACCACAACAUCACCACAGCGAACUGAAAAUGAAGUUCCUCAAGGUUGGCCGAGUUGCCAUAAUCACCCGCGGCCGCUAUGCCGGCAAGAAGGUCGUCAUCAUCCAGCCCGUCGACAGCGGUAACAAGGCACACCCCUUCGGCCACGCCCUGGUAGCCGGCAUCGAGCGAUACCCCUCCAAGGUCACAAGGCGCAUGUCGAAGACGCGCCAGGAGAAGCGCUCCAAGAUCAAGCCUUUCGUCAAGGCCAUCAACUACAACCACUUGAUGCCCACACGAUACACAUUGGAGUUGGAAGGACUCAAGGGUGCCUUGACGGCCGAGACCUUCAAGGAGGUCAGCCAGCGUGAGGAUGCCAAGAAGAACGUCAAGAAGGUUCUUGAGGAACGCUACACCAGCGGAAAGAACAGAUGGUUCUUCACUCCUCUCCGAUUUUAAGCUAGUCAACCUCUGCGUCGUCUGAUUUCCGCGCGUUCGGUCUUUUUCGGUGAAACGGGUGGGCAAAUGCAGGGAUUUAAAGGGAGAAGGGUUCCGGUAAACUGGUAUGGGAUGUAAACAUUUUGCAUGCAUGCAUCAUCACACAAAUGGCAAUUGCAUUUAGGGACAAUUACACACAACAACAAGAAAAAAAGUGAAGAAAACUAAGACCACAAAAAGCACCAACCAUGCCAAGAAUUGUCCUGCCGCCGCGUUUCUGCCAAACAAAAAAAAUCAUCCUGCCUACCUGAUGAGAAAUGAUGAUUUUUUUACUCGAGACAAGGGGAAAACAAAAUCAAGAAGAUUUUUAAACACCGAUACCGAAUAGUGAAGAAGGAAAGACUAUGCUCGAUUAAAGUAAACACUUCGCAUUCUGUCUCGAUGGACUAUGUGAUAUGUCUACACUACGACUAACUUGAUUAUGUCUACUGAAUUGUGACAACCUGCGGCUUCGCAAAAUGACUAACCCUAUCUGCUAAGGUGGUACUUGCUACACGCCCAUUGAAUCGUGGGAUGGGUGCCUCGUGAAAUAUUGGAUUUCCUUUCUUUGUCAAGUUCUGCACCGUAUCGCCAACGAAUGAAUACUCCAGUGCUGUGCUGUGUUGUUACACCUUCGACUACAUUACGCGAAC